AUGUCAUCCCCGCCUGUCCCAUCGACGACCACAACCUACCGCAACCCGCUCGUGAAGGCCGCCGACAUCCAAGCGGCCCUCACUGAACAUGGGCACUUUCUAAACCCUCGCGUCUCGUUCAAGCAAGCGUCCAUGUCAGACAUGGCGGGACUCGGGCGCGCAACAGGUGUACACUUGAACGUCCUGCCCGCCAACGGCGAGUCGACCGAGAUCCACCACCACAUGCACGAGACAGAGUGGAUGUACAUCAUCUCGGGAUCCGGCGACCUCCUCCUCACGCCCGCCAACAUGCAGCCGCCGCCCGAGGGCUGUUCGGUCGCCUCCACGACGCCGACGGUGCCGCACAACCUGCCGCUCGAGACGGUCCCCGCUGCCGUGGGCGACUUUAUCGGCUUCCCGGGCGGGCCUGGGGAGGGCCUGUAUGCGCAUGGCUUCAAGGCCGGGCCGGAGGGGUGCACGUAUCUCGUCGGCGGGACGAGGGAGGCCAUGGACAUUUGUACUUAUCCCUUUGCCGAGAAGACACUGCUCAUCGAGGGUGGAAAGGGCGGGUCGAGGUCGGUCUGGGACAGUAAGGCGAUGAGCGACCCCCGCCAGCCGAGGAAGUGA